GCCCCGCUUGGCGUGAGCGAGGCCGGGGCGGCUGGAGACGGGGACCAUCCCGGGCCCGUCGGUGGCCGUUGACCCGCGGCCCCCUCCGGAGGGCCAGGGAGGCCUCGGGGCCGUCGCCAUGGGCAAGGCUCGCAAGGCGGGAGGGAAAGGAAAGGCCAAGGCGGGCCAGACCGGAAGUGGGGCCCAGGACCGGUCCACCAGGGGCAAGGCCAAGGCCAACCACCCCAACCCCUUCGAGGUCAAAGUCAAUCGCCAGAAAUUCCACGUCCUGGGGAGGAAAACCCGCCACGAUGUGGGAAUCCCGGGGGUGUCCCGGGCCAAGGCCAUCCAGAAGCGUACAAAGACUCUGCUGCAAGAAUACAAAGAAAAGGACAAGUCCAACGUAUUUAGGGACAGACGUUUUGGGGAGUACGACAGCAGAAUAAACCCCGAGGAGAAAAUGAUGAAGAGAUUCGCCCUGGAACGACAGCGGAAUCACGGAAAGAAAAGCAUCUACAACCUCAACGAAGACGAGGAGUUGACUCAUUACGGCCAAUCCCUGGCAGAUAUCGAAAAGCUCAACGACCCGGUCGACAGCGACAGCGACUCCGAAGAAAGAGGACUUUUAUCGGCCGAGUUAACGGCCGCCCACUUUGGAGGGGGCGGAGGACUCCUCCGCAAGAAAGCCCCCGGACGGCAGGGUGAGGAGGAGGAGGAGGAGGAGGAGAAGCCCAAGUCGCGGAAGGAACUCAUCGAAGAGCUCAUCGUGAAGUCCAAACAGGAGAAGCGGGAACGACAGGCUCGGCGAGAAGACGCCCUGGAGCUCACCGAGAAGCUGGACAGCGACUGGAAGGAAAUCCAAUCCCUUCUGUCUCGCAAAGCCCCCAAGGCCGAUAGAAAAGAAAAGGACGAAGAGAAGCCCAAGCCGGACGCCUACGACGUGAUGGUUCGGGAACUUGGCUUUGAGAUGAAAGCACAGCCCUCCGACAGAAUGAAGACCGAGGAAGAGCUGGCUAGACAAGAACAAGAGCGACUCAAGGAGCUAGAGGCUGACAGACUCCGCCGAAUGCUUGGAAGAGACGAGGACGACAAGCGCCCGAAACCGAAGCACGCGUCGGCGGACGACCUAAGCGACGGCUUCGUGCUAGAUAGAGACGAUCGCCGAAUGCUGUCCUAUAAAGACGGCAAGAUGAACCAAGAGGAAGCGGACGACUCUGAGGAGGAAGAAGACGGUGAAGAGCGGGAAACAGAUGCCGGCGAAGACGAGGGCCGGGGCGAUGGCGAAAGUGAGGAGGAAGGCGAGGGUCCGGAUAGCCACUCGGACCUCGAGUCCGACGUCGGCAGCGAGAAAGACGCCCUGGGGAACGAGGACCAGAGCCAGGGGAGAUCCCGGGCGGUGGCAGAGGACCUUGGGGACGAGGAGGAUCAGCGGGCCCAAGCGGAGGCUGCCCGGGCGGAGCUCCCGUACACGUUCGCCGCUCCGGAGUCCCUCGAGCAACUGAAGUCUCUCCUGUCGGGGCGAUCGACGGAGCAGCAGCUCGUGGUGGUGGAGAGAAUUCAGAGGUGCAACCACCCGAGCUUUGCGGUGGGAAACAAAGCCAAACUGGAGAAGCUGUUUGGAUUCCUCCUGGAGUACGUGGGGGAGCUGGCAACCAGGGACCCGCCGGAUCUCAAAACAGUCGACAAGAUGGUCUUGCAGUUGUACAACCUGAGCCAGAUGUUUCCCGAAGCUGCAAGCGACGCGGUGAAAUUCGUCCUCAGAGACGCCGCGCACGAGGCGGAGGAGAUGGUCGAAGUCAAGGGCCGGGCAGCGUUUCCGGGGUUAGACGUGCUCAUUCAUUUGAAGAUAACGGCGAUACUCUUUCCAACUUCCGACUUCUGGCAUCCGGUGGUCACGCCUGCUCUGAUGUACAUGAGUCAGCUACUCACUAAGUGCCCCGUCCUGUCCCUCCAAGAUGUGGUUAAGGGGCUUUUCGUGUGCUCUGUGUUUCUGGAGUAUGUGUCCUUAUCCCAGAGGUUUAUUCCUGAACUUCUGAAUUUCCUUCUCGGAAUCCUUCAUACAGCCACGCCCGACCAGAGCCCACGAGGUUACACUCUGGUGCACCCUUUCCGACCUCUGGGAGCAAAUCUGCAGCUGCUCUCGGUUUCUGAUAAAGGGGAUGUGGCCACCUGGCGGAAGAAGCGGUUACCCCUUUCUCUGAUGAAUGGAUUGAAGGAGAGCGGCGAGACGGAAAAAAAUCACAUCAGGUUAUCGUGUGUCGCCCUGUGUUUAGAUCUCGUUAAGAGGUGCGGAACAAUGUACGGCUCCCUGGCGUCCGUUCACGAAAUAAUGAAGCCCAUCGGGACGCUGCUCUCGGGACAUCGGCCGGGGCGCGGGUACCCCGAAGAGCUGCAGGAGCUGAUGGAGAGUGUACUAAAAGAUCUGGCGAACCGAGCCAGAUGUUACCAGCCCCUAGUGUGUGAGAAGAGUAAGCCGGUGCCGUUGAAACUCUUCACACCCAAGAUAGUGAAAGUCCUCGAGUUCGGAAGAAAACAAGGCAGCAGUAAGGAGGAGCAAGAAAGGAAAAGAUUGAUUCACAAGCAUAAGCGUGAAUUUAAAGGCGCCGUCCGGGAAAUUCGCAAAGACAAUCAAUUCCUGGCCAGAAUGCAGCUCUCAGAGAUCAUGGAAAGGGAUUCUGAAAGAAAGAGGAAAGUGAAACAGCUCUUCAACAGUCUGGCCACUCAGGAAGGAGAAUGGAAGGCUCUGAAGAGGAAAAAGUUCAGAAAAUAAAGCAUAGGCUCGGCCAGGGGGGCGUCGUCUUUUCGUCCGCCUCACGGGUGAAUGAAGAAGGCUCUGUUUCCGGAGUGUACGGUCAAUUUCGGUCCUUUACGCGGAACCGGAACUCUUUCGUUAACAGUGUAAAUCAAGUUCCGGGGAUGCCCUUCUGGUGCAUCCGCAGGCUAAACCAACUUGCCCUAAUAAAGUCUGCUUUUUACUGUAAAGAC